GUGGCUGCUCAACUCAACUGCGGCGACCUGAUGGAGUGUCCUGGUCUCGGGCAGUGUGUGGCCCCGGAUAAGCUGUGCGACGGGACGGCCGACUGCAAGGACAAGAGCGACGAGGCCGCGUGGUACUGCAACCCGCUUGACUGCUCCGACCCGGAUACCACCGUGCAGUGCGUGGGAACGGAGUACUGCGUGAAGCCCAGUCAGAUGUGCGACGGCAUCAUGCAGUGCCCGGGCGCGAUAGACGAGUCCCCCGGCUUCUGUCUCGACUACCGCAGCUCAAACUGCAACGAGGAUCAGGUCAAAUGCACCGCCACCUCUACCUGCAUCAAGGGGUACAUGUGCGACAGCGUGCCGAAUUGCCCCAAGGUGAAAAACGCCAGCGGAGUGCUGAUAGCUCCGGACGAGGACUCCAGAUCCCGGAAUUUCCGCGCUCUUUCCUCUCCCCACUCGUCACACUCGUCGCACUAUUUCCAACUACGUCUCGGGCAGUGUGUGGACCCCAGCAAGCUGUGUGACGGGACGGCCAACUGCAAGGACAAGAGCGACGAGGCUGCGUGGUACUGCAACCCGCUCGACUGCACCGACACCACUGUAAUACAUCCCUCCCCAGUCCCUCCCCUACCGCUCUCACAUUCCCCGCCCGACAAGCGCAACUGCUCUGCCUGCACUCGCUGCUCUGCCCACACUCGCUGCUCUGCCCACACUCGCUGCUUUGCCCACACUCGCUGCUUUGCCCACACUCGCUGCUCGUUCCGGCUUGCAAUUGGCAUGGUUUCUUUUGAGGCGCCUCAAGAGUCGUUCCCUCUCCUCGACUUCCUCACCCUCAAAGCUCCCCUUCCCUUCACCCGUCCCUUUCCCCGUGCGUCCGCCAUCCCUUCCACCAUCCCGCCCGCUGUCCCCCUCUUUCCCCCGCAGGUGGAGUGCGUGGGAACGGAGUACUGCGUGAAGCCGACUCAAGUGUGCGACGGCAUCAUGCAGUGCCCGGGCGCCAUCGACGAGUCCCCCGGCUUCUGCCUCGACUACCGCAGCUCCAACUGCCAGAUAGACCAACUCAAAUGCACGGCCACCUCUGCCUGCAUCAAGGGCUACAUGUGCGACGGCGUGCCGAAUUGCCCGAAAGUCAGGAACGCGAGUGGAGUGCUGGUGGCACCAGAUGAGGACGCCAAGUAUUGUGCUGCGUACUCGUGCCUGGACGGGUUCCAGAAGUGCGGCGAUGGGAAGCAGUGCGUGCGCUACGAGGCUUUCUGCAACGGCAAAAAGGACUGCUUCGGUGCGUGCCUUUCCUGCCCUCCGCCCCCCUCCCCACCCGCUCCUGCACCCUCUUGCACUCCUCCCAACCACCUUCCCUCUUGA